AUGUCGCAAUCCGAUGAGGAAGAUGAUUAUAUGAACAUGGUGUUUGAAGACGCGCCAAAAGGGCCCCAAUUCGAAACAUCAUUGCAGCGCGCCGCGCGCAAACGCAAAGAGGCCGAAGCCAGAGCACGGCAGAAGAGCAAAGCCGAGAAGGAAGCCGACGCCGAGGCAGCGCGAGAAGAAGCGCUUGCGACUGCGCUGCCCGAGACGAACAAAGGCUUCAAGAUGAUGGCUAAAUUCGGCUUCAAACAGGGCGACACCCUAGGCAAAUCCGAAGACGCACGCAAGGCGCCGAUCGCAGUCGACGUCAAGGCAGACAGGGCCGGCAUUGGUCUGGAGUCGGAGAAGAAGCGCAAGUUCCGCGAGCAAUGGGAGGAGGCCGACCGCCUGGCCAAACGCUCCAAGGAAGAAGAGGGCGACUACCUCGAGGUACGGCGCCAGGAGCAGGAAGAGAAGAAGGCCGAGAGAGACCUCGACAAUGCACAGCGCACAGCGGAGCGACUGUACGACAAGGAAGCAGAAGACAAGGGUACACCAGAGCCCAGCGAUAAGCCUCUCAACCAUGUCAACCUGCUCUGGCGCAGCCGCGUCAGGAAGCGGGUGGAGAUACAGCAAGACAAGCAGCAACGGCGCGAACUGAACAACAGCCUUGCGUCGCGACUGCCCACUCUAGCGGAUGAAGGUGACCAAGACAACGACGCGAAGGUCGCACUAGGCCAGGAUCUGACGCCGUUCUACACAACGCUCGAGAACGACCUCGAAGCAGAAGACCCUGAGUUGGCUGACUUCGAAGCACGGCCAGUAAUAGAGCGACUUGAGAAGGUAUUGCUCUACCUGCGCGAUAAGUUCCACUACUGCCUCUACUGCGGGUAUCAGUAUCCCGAUGCAGAGCUGGAAGGCUGUCCAGGAGUAACAGAGGAGGAUCACGACUGA